AUGUCAACUCAGCAACCCGGACAAGCAGCGACUGGCUCUUCCAGCCGCCUCCAGAGCAUCAUCGAAGCACCCAAAACAUCAUUCUCACAAGCGCAGCCUAUGCACAAGCAAAUCUGGAACACUACCGCGCCAAAGAACGAUGUACAAUGCGCACUCGCUCACGCCCACGCAAUGUCAGUGGAUGUGCUUCAGCAGUAUGCCACUGCUCUCGAGACCAGAGCGGCCAAGGCGAGGGCGGUUCUGGCGGCAAACGGAUCGUCGCAGCUGGCGACGGUGAUGUGUGGCAGUAUCGAAGACAUGAAGGGCAAUAUAUGUGUACUUGUGCAGCAGCGUUGGACGUUCGAGGAGAUGAUGCAGCGCUUGAGUGAAGAUGAGCAAGAGCCAAGGCCAUCGUGA